CGACAGUCCCUCCGCCGCCGCUCGGCGAUGCUCUCCUCAUCGAUCGCCUUCCCACCACUCCGCCUAACCCCUCCCUCCGCAGCUGCUCCUCGCUGGAGGUCAGCUGCCGCCGCCGUCACCAUCACGAUGCGGGACCGGAGCAAGAACAGGAAGCCAACACAGCGAGGGCGCUACCUCAGCAGCGAGGCCAUCCAAGCCGUCCAGUCCCUCAAGCGCGCCACCCUCUGUGGCGCCCCCGUCGCCGGCGCCGUCGCGACGGACCCCAAGCUCCAGCGGCUCCUGAAGGCCGACAUGGUCGCCGUCUUCCGCGAGCUUGCCGCGCAGGGCGAGGCCCUGCUGGCACUCAAGGUCUUUGAGGAGAUUCGGAAGGAGCAUUGGUACAAGCCCAGGCUGUUCUGGUAUGUUGAUCUUAUUACAGUGCUUGCUAGCAAAGGUCUGAGGUCCGAGGUUGGCCAAGCAUGUUCGUAUCUGAAGAGGGAACAAUUAGAACCUGACACGGAUGGUUUCAAUCUGCUUCUGAAGACACUUCUAGAUGCUGAGUUCACACAGUUGACAAUGGACUGCUUCCGGCUUAUGAAGCUAUGGGACAGUGAACCUGACAGGACAACAUACGUAACAUUGGUGAAAGGUCUUGAAUCCGUAGGAGAGGCGGAUCUAUCUGCUCAGAUGAGGUUGGAAGCGGAAAGUGAUUACGGAGACCUCUGGGACUUCUUUGAUGAAGAGGAGGCGAUUGACGCUUGA